CCUUUCGCGCAGUCGCCCCCUAGCGGACGGUAGCUAAACGCAAGGAGCGAGGAGCGUCUAGGGCACGAAUCUUAUCAGUCGCUUCCCUGGAAAAACUCCGCAGGACGAACGAAGCUUGAAAAAGGGGAGGGGGUGUCUUUCAACAGCCGACUUUUACUUGGUUUUCCUAAAAAUCUGCUCCAUGUGGUAUUGCCGUUCGGAGGAACCUAGGGUUACUUCAGGUCGAGUUAUCGUGCCAAGAAGAAGAGUCGAAGCAAAAAGUAAAAGUUCUGGAUGAAGAGCGGUGAUGUGAAUGCGAUACGCCGAGGGAGCGAUAAUCCACAGAUUUCUGCUUAUUUAUUUAUUUCCAAGAUCCGCCGCCUCCUCGCGCGCCCUACGAUGGCAGUAGUCCUGGGCAGCGUCUAGCGGUCGGACUGUCACGCGGCAUCUCCACAGCUGCCGCCGGACGUCUGCGAGCGGGCAGAAGUCGGCGCGUGCGGGCACUUGUGACGGGAGUGGAGGGGGUGGGAGGAAAGAAGAAGAGGGGGAGUUUAUUUUUUUCCUUCCUUUCCCUCGGACCGAACGAGCAAACAAGCACUCGGCAGCCCCGCGCUCGCCGUGGAUGGACUGGAGGCGGGCUGAGAACGCAGAGCGGAUCGGCAGCCUUUGAAGGCGCAGCGCUGUAUUAAUGCCGCUUUCCGCUGCCCGGAUCGUCUCAUCUUCAGGUGCACAGCGGCCCCUUCUUCCUCACUAAUUCGGCGAGCGGCAGCACAGGCGGUAUGGGAGUCCUAAUUUGCUACGCGGUUAUUCUCGCUCUCGUCUGUCAGAGCCGCAGCCUGGCUGUCAGAAAUCCACUUUACCGGAUUAAAAGGUAUCAGGAAAAUGAGAGGGCUGGUGUUAAUGACUGCCCCAGGACCUGGCAACCCGUCACACAGCCCAAUGCCUACAAUUACUCAAUGGAUAUCCGCAUGCCCGGUGUCAUUCCAGCUGUGUCCGAGGCCUACUUGUGCGUGGCCGUUCAGGUGCCCAGAGAGAGGGAGUCCUACAUAGUGGACUUUGUGCCACACGCCAGCAUGGACACCACACACCACAUGCUCCUGUACGGCUGCAGCGCCCCCUCAUCCUCCGACUCGUACUGGGACUGUGGGACAGAGCAGGGGCCUUGUGUUCACGACCCCAAGAUCAUCUACGCCUGGGCACGGAAUGCCCCGCCCACCAGGUUGCCCAAAGACGUCGGCUUUAAAGUCGGAGGAGACACGACAAUUACUCACUUCGUGCUGCAGAUGCACUAUGGGGAUGUCAGUGCUUUCAGAGACGGCCAUAGAGACUGCUCGGGUGUGACCUUGAAAAUGACUUCCAAACCGCAGCCCUUCAUUGCUGGCAUAUACCUCAUGAUGUCUAUGAACACAAAGAUCCCACCAGGGAAAAAAGUGACGAAUGCUGACAUCGCCUGCCCCUACAGAUCAUAUCCCAUGUACCCGUUUGCCUUCAGGACACAUACGCAUCGAUUAGGGAAAGUCGUCAGUGGCUACCGAGUUCGCGAUGGAAAGUGGACUCUGAUUGGCCGACAGUCUCCGCAGCUGCCACAGGCUUUCUACCCGGCGGCCAAUGCUGUGGAGGUCCUGUAUGGAGACACGCUGGCAGCCAGAUGCGUGUUUACGGGGGAGGGGAAGACCUCUGUCACCACCAUUGGGGGCACCUCAGAGGACGAGAUGUGUAACUUUUACAUCAUGUACUACAUGGACAGCAAGCACGCCGUCCCCUACAUGAACUGCAUAGAUGAUGAGGAAAAUGACCUGUUCAGAAAUAUCCCCAAAGAGGCCAAUAUCCCCAUCCCUGUGAGUCCUGAGAUGAUGAUGGUGAUGCAGGCCCAUGGACACCAUACAGAUUUUCACGAUGGCGCCAAUCUGCAGCAGAGGGAAGAGGAAGCCGGUUUGGACCAGGGUGACUUCUAUUCCCUUCUUUCCAAACUCCUAGGGGAGCGGGAGGACGUUGUCCACGUGCAUAAGUAUUACCCCCCAGAGGCAGAAAGAGCCCAGGCGGAUCUGGUGGCAGAAAUCGAUAGCAUAAUCCAAAAGAAGGACCUGCUUGGGCCCAACCCAAGGGUAGACCCCAAUGAGAGGGGGAGCACUAUUCUCGUGAGGGACAGAAUUCACAAAUUUCACCAGUUAGAAUCCACUCUUAAACCCCCUGGGAGGAAGAUAAUGCCGGCUAAGACACCAGGUAGCACCGGGGAGAGAACUCGGAAACAAGGGUAUCACCUUGAGGAAAUGGUGGACUGGCCAGAGGUCCAGCUCCAGUUAGGCCAGGUGUCUGGUUUGGCGGUGGAUUCCAGUGACAACCUGGUCAUCUUCCACAGGGGUGACCACCGAUGGGGUGUGAACUCUUUUGACAACCAGCGCAUUUACCAGCAGCGUUCGCUGGGUCCUAUUCAGCAGUCCACAAUCCUGGUGGUGGAUCCUGUCAAAGGAAAAGUGCUCAAAGCUUCUGGGAGAAACAUGUUCUACCUUCCUCAUGGUAUAACCACAGACAAGAGCGACAACUAUUGGGUCACUGAUGUAGCACUUCAUCAGGUCUUCAAGCUGGGGCCUGAUGGGCGAGACAAGCCCCUAGUUGUCCUGGGGCAGGCUUUCAAACCGGGCGAUGACAAGAGCCACUUCUGCCAGCCCACCGAUGUGGCUGUGGACUCCCUGACUGGGAAUGUCUAUGUGUCUGAUGGCUAUUGCAACUCUAGGAUCCUCCAGUUUUCUCCAGAGGGCAACUACCUGAGGCAAUGGGGAGCAGAGUCUUCAGACAAGCGCAAAAGGAUCCCGUUUAAAAUCCCGCAUAGUCUGGCAUUCUUGCCAGACAAACGGGAGCUCUGUGUGGCCGACCGUGAGAACGGCCGGAUCCAGUGUUUCUUGGCUGAAUCUGGACAAUUUGUGAAGGAGAUCAAGAAGAAUGAAUUUGGAGGAGAGGUGUUUGCGAUCUCCUACUCCCCUGUGCAUGGAGGCCUGAUAUAUGCGGUUAACGGGGAAUCUGCUUACGGUCAGUCGGCCCUGCCGCAGGGAUUCGUGAUCAGCUAUUCCACCAAAGAAAUCCUGGAUUAUUUCAGCCCAGAUACUCAAGAGUUCAAAAUGCCGCACGACAUCGUUGUCACCAAGGACGGAAGUGUCUUUGUUGGGGAUGUAGCCAGUGAUACAGUCAUAAAGUUCAUCUCUGCUGAAAAAGCCGAGCAUCGUUCUGUGAAAAAAGGUGGAAUUGAAGUUCAGGAAAUUGAAGAGACGGAGACAUUCGUCCAGACCCAUCUGAAGCCGCUGCAGGAGCUUCCGGCACAGCCUCCUGAGGCCGCCCCGCAGAAAACCCCAGAGCCACCCCGGAAGCUCAAAGAAAAGCAGAAAAUAGAGAGCGUGGCCAAGCAGAGUGCGCAAGGCAUGUCUGUAGCCAUCAUUACCACCCUCCUGCUUAUCCCCCUGGUGCUGGUCAUUGCCAUUGGGGUGUUCCUACGUUGGAGGAAGACCAGGAUGUACAGAGAUGACAGCGAAGUGAAAUUGGAGCCCAGCUCCUCUGGGGGAUUACUGGAAAAAAUUAGGGGAAAAGCCGGUGGAGGCCUGAACUUGGGCAACUUCUUUGCGAGUCACAGGGGCUACAGCCGCAAAGGCUUCGACCGGCUGAGCACCGAGGGCAGUGAUCAGGAGAAGGAUGAUGAGGACGCCACCGACUCGGAGAACGAGGAGUACUCAGCCCCGCCCCCUGCCGCCUCUGCCUCUGCCUCCUAGGGGCACGCUGGCCCCCGCCCGGCCCCCGCCGCCCGGCCCAGCGACAGCCCGGCUGUUAAUGCUGCCCGACCUUCUUGCUCAUGCGUUCAGGAUGUAUUUUAAUUGUAUAUGUAAUUGUUCGUAUUUGGCUGCCAAUUUUUAAUUUAUUUGCGCAAAAUUCCUUCAUGGAGAACUAUGACCACCACUUUAUAAGAUAACGGGGCCAGAUUUUAAAAAAAGAAAAUGGUUAUAUCACAGGAUUAACAAGAUAUUUUAGCCUAACGGGGAGAUUGGGUUUUCGUUUUUCUUGUUAACAGCUGAAGUAGAAUUUCUUCCAGAAACAUGAGUUAAAUGGCAUUUUUAAGUUUCCAGGUUAAUGAUUGUUCUUUUGUUGACCACUUUUAUCUGUGCCUUUUAAAUUAUGUAUGCCGCCUUCUGCAGAACCUGUUAUGAAAGAUGUGCCACAUUUCAGAAAGAGCUGCUAAUGUCACCUGUAUUUUCAAAUUCAUUAUUGCAUUUGUUGAAAAGAGAUUAUAAUUAUAUUUAUCAUGUAUCUAAACUGUAUUUACUCAAUUUUCCAAGCAGAUGUGAGAUGUGUCUGAUAUUUAUUGUGACAUACUGAGGUUUUAUGGUCAGAACACUAUUUUCAGUAACAAUGUUAUUUGUGUAAUAAAGUGUCUGCAAAGCAUU